UGCAAUUUAACGGAUACGGCAAAAUCGAUUAAUACAAUAUGACCAUUAGAUUGAUAUGAUAGCUCGUAUCAAAUGUCAAAUAGACAUCUGUCAAGUAAGCAGACAGACACGUCGAUUCAGCUAUUUCAAGAAGAUUGAAGGGCAUAUUAUCGCUAUUACGAAAAUGGAAGCUCCACAAUCGUGUGAUACAUUUGUAGUUUUACCACCACUUACAAAAUAUGGGGUAGUUUUUGGUAAAAAUUCUGAUCGACCACAAGGUGAAAUUCAAGAAGUGGUAUAUUUCCCCGCAACCCAACGAGAUGGAAAAAUUAAGUGUACUUACAUCGAAAUUGAUUCAGAAGGUCCUUCACAAGCCGUGAUUUUAAGUAAACCCGGUUGGAUGUGGGGUGCAGAAAUGGGAGCAAAUGAGAGCAGUGUAGUGAUUGGAAACGAAGCAAUAUGGACUCGUGAUACGAAUAAAGAAUUUGAUCCAGUUGUUAAACGACUAUUGGGAAUGGAUCUUGUCAGAUUAGGAUUGGAGUAUGGUAAAACAGCAGAAGAUGCAUGUAAUGUGAUAGUAAAAUUAUUAGAAAAGUAUGGGCAAGGUGGGCCUUGUUCACAAAAUGAUCCAAAUUUUGGUUAUCAUAAUAGUUUCUUAAUUGCUGAUCCAACAUGUGCUUGGGUUUUGGAAACUAUUGGAAAGCAUUGGGUCGCUAAAAAAAUAACCGAAGGUUAUUAUAACAUUUCAAAUUCAUUAUCCAUAACCACUGACUUUGAUAAACAUUCCGAAGGCCUUUUAGAAUAUGCAAAGGAAAAAUGCUUAUGGGAUAGUGAGGGAAAAUUUGAUUUUGCUGCUGCAUUUUGUGCAGGAUCAAAAAUUGGUUGUGAACGUUAUGAUGCUGGUAAAGAACUUCUUGCGGAUUUAACCGCACCAAAAUGUUUCAAUGAACGAGCAAUGUUUGGUUUGUUACGGGAUGGAAAAUCAGGUAUUUGUAGAACUGUAAGUGAAGCAUUCCCAACGCAAGGUAGUCAAGUUUCCACCCUGGUUGCUCAGGGUCCAAGUAUUCAUUGGUUUACAGCUACACCAGAUCCAUCACAUUCUGUAUACAAACCGUUCGCGUUUACUCCAAAUGUAAAAGUAUCUGUUCAUACAAAGUGUCCUGAAAAUGAACCUGGAGCAAAACAUCGAUUAUAUGAACUUCAUGAAAAAGCUACUUCAGAUGCAAAAAAAUCAGGUCAAGUACUUCCACUUCUUUGUAGCAUGGAAAAACAGUGUGUACAAGAACUAAACGAUCUUGUUGAAGAAAUAAAACAAAAUCCAGAUAAAUUAUCUGAAUUAGAUGAUUUAUUCAAAGAUGCUGUUGAAACUGAAGUAAAAUUUUAUCGCUAAAUUCACAGAUAAAAUCUAUCUAAUGUAAAAAAAAAAUAUAAAUAUUUUUAUUCAAUGGGCGAUAAUCAAUAGUUUAGAAAUAUGGUUAUUUUUCUUCUAAAUAGAAAAAUAAAUUUAUAUUUUUAUUUAUUUGUGUAGCCAUUUUCCAAAUGAUAUGAAAAGCUUCCGUGUUUCAACAUAAUAAUUUGUUGAUAACAAGAGUAUUUUGAAAAGAGAUGAAAGAGUUUUUAAGAAGAAAUAUUUUGAUUUGUGCAUGAUAAUCAAAAAGUUUUCGUGUCGUCACUUUAAAAUCUUUUAAUGAUUUUAAUUUUUUUACGGUUGUCUUGCCUUUUUGAAGUGACAUGUCAGAAAACGAAUAUUAUACUAGGUACUUACAACCCCAUGCUUAGCUUAAAGGGAUAAUUAUGUUUUUUGGAUUGAUAUUGUGAUAACUUUAUCUUAUCCAUAAAAAUUAAUUUUAUUUAAAUAUUUAAAU